AUGGCCGACGAAAACUAUGCGCGAGAAGAGGACGUGGAGGAAGAGGAGAUUGACGAAACCAGCUUCAAAUCCAUCAAAGAUGCCGUCCUCUUCGCUAUCGACGUUAGCAGCUCGAUGCUAACACCCCGUCCAUCAUCCGAUCCUAAGAAACCCAUACAGGAGUCUCCCACAUCUGCCGCUCUCAAGUGUGCCUAUAAUUUGAUGCAACAGCGCAUCAUAUCCAAUCCCCAUGACAUGAUCGGAGUCUUGCUCUACGGGACGCAGUCUUCCAAAUUCUACGACGAACAGGAGGAGGGUCGCGAAGAUCCCUCGUAUCCGCAUUGCUAUCUAUUCACCGAUUUGGACAUACCAUCGGCCCAGGAGGUCAAGGAACUGCGGGCGCUGGCCGAAGACGAAGCGGAGACACGGCAGAUCUUACAGCCAUCGAAGGAGCAAGUGUCGAUGGCCAACGUAUUGUUUUGUGCCAACCAAAUCUUUACAUCCAAAGCCCCGAACUUCCUGUCGCGCCGGCUCUUUAUCGUGACCGACAACGACAACCCCCAUGUAGACAACAAGUCUCUCCGGUCAGCUGCAACAGUGCGGGCACGAGAUCUGUACGAUCUGGGGGUCACGAUUGAAUUGUUUCCCAUUUCUCGUCCGGAUCGUGAAUUUGAGACAUCCAAGUUCUACGAUGACAUUAUUUACAAAACAUCACCGAGUGAUGGCGAGGCGCCCGCCUAUCUGCAACCCGACAUCAAUACCUCGACGGCCAAAGGAGAUGGUCUCUCGCUGCUCAAUUCCCUCUUGUCCAGCAUAAACUCCCGAUCAGUUCCCCGCCGCGCGCUGUUUUCAAAUAUUCCCCUCGAACUCGGUCCCAACUUCAAAAUUUCUGUCAAUGGAUACCUACUCCUCAAACGACAGGAGCCGUCGCGGAGUUGCUUUGUCUGGCUUGGAGGAGAGAACCCUCAGAUUGCCAAGGGUAUAACGACGCAGAUGGCCGACGACACAGCACGCACGGUCGAGAAAUCGGAAAUCCGCAAAGCGUACAAGUUUGGCGGCGAACAGGUUUCUUUCACACCCGAAGAACAGCAGGCGCUGAGAAAUUUCGGUGACCCCGUAAUCCGUAUCAUUGGAUUCAAACCACUAUCCGCUCUUCCCAUCUGGGCCAAUGUCAAACACCCGUCGUUCAUUUAUCCCUCCGAGGAAGACUAUGUUGGUUCCACGCGUGUCUUCUCAGCACUGCAACAGAAGCUUCAGAAUGACGAGAAAAUGGCCCUGGUUUGGUUCAUUCCUCGCAAGAACGCUGCCCCGGUCUUGGCUGCGAUGAUCGCCGGAGCGGAGAAGGUCGACGAGAACGGUGUGCAGAAGGUACCGCCCGGGAUGUGGAUUAUCCCUCUCCCUUUCGCAGACGAUGUUCGACAGAAUCCUGAGACUACUAUGAAUGUCGCCCCGGAGCCGUUGAUCGAUUCCAUGCGCGCGGUGAUUCAGCAACUGCAGCUCCCAAAAGCCGUAUACGAACCUCCCAAAUACCCCAAUCCUUCCCUUCAAUGGCAUUAUCGUAUUCUACAGGCCUUAGCCUUGGACGAGGACCUCCCAGAAAAGCCUGAAGAUAAGACAACACCGCGGUACCGCCAAAUUGACAAGCGCGCUGGGGACUACGUUCUCGCAUGGUCCGAUGAGCUUGAUGCUCAGUCCGCGAAGAUGUUCGGUGGAACUGCGGCCACCAAAACAACCCUGGUGAAGCGAAGUGCCAAAGACCGUGGCGAAGGCAUGGAUAGCGGUGCCCAGCCAGCGAAGCGGCCGAAGAUCGAGAGCGACUCCGCUGGACUUGAUGCUGACAUCAAAUGGAGCUAUGAGAAAGGGUCUGUGUCAAAGCUCACCAUGCCCGUGCUCAAGGAGUUUUUGAUUUCGCAUGGCCGGUCUGCGGCUGGAAAGAAAGCAGAUCUCGUGGAUCGGGUGGAGCAAUAUUUUGAGCAGAAGUACUAG